CCGAUUGGUCCUUAGUUGCGGAAACCCACCUCCGGCCGGAACCCCGGGCAAAGAUGGCGGCGGCCAGGUGGUGGCGGCUGGUGCCCCGCGGUCCGGGGCGGUCACUGCACUCCGCGGCCCAGGCCGCCGUGGGGACUCCGGAUGUCACCGGCGCAGAGGGGGCGGCGGCCCCGGUUGCGCGCUACCCGCCGAUCGUGGCCUCCAUGACGGCCAACAGCAAGGCGGCCCGGCAGCGGCGAGUGGAGCGCUGGCAGGCGGGGGUGCACGCGGCCCAGACGGUGGACGAGAAGAUACGCAUCCUCACCAAGAUGCAGUUCAAGAAGUACGUGGUUUACCCGCAGACCUUCGCGCUCAACGCCGACCGCUGGUACCAGGGCUUCACCAAAACCGUGUUCCUGUCGGGCCUCCCGCCGCCCUCCGAGCCCGCGCCCCCGCCGGCCCAGCCCGGGUCCCCGCCCGUCCCGGACCUGGCGACCCUGCGCGCAGCCGCGCUGGACUGCCUCCUGCAGGAGCACUUCUACCUGCGGCGCAAGGGGCGCGCGCCCGUGUACCAGCAGGUGGAGGCGGUCGCCUCGCCCUUCCUGGACCAGCUGGUGGCCGCCCUCAUGGGCCUGCUCAGCGCGCACAACCCGGUGCUGGCCACCGCCGCCCUCGAUUGUAAACGCCCGGUUCACUUUUACUGGUGGCGUGGUGAAGAAAUCAUUGUUCAUGGUCAUCGGAAAGGUCGAGUUGAUGCUGUGAGAUACCAAAUAAAUGAUAAACCACACAACCAGAUUCGAAUACCCAAGCAACUCCCAGAGUUUGUGCCGCUGGAUUAUUCUGUACCUAUAGAAAUUCCUGUUAUGAAUUGUAAGCCAGACAAACUUCCAUUAUUCAAACGACAAUAUGAAAAUGCCAUAUUUAUUGUGAGCGACUUGAUGACAGCUAGCAGACUGUACUUUCGUGUGAAAUGCUCAAAGACAGCAGAUCCGUACUGUUAUGGUCAUACCCAGUUUCACCUGUUACCAGAAAAAUUAAAAAGGGAAAGGCUCCUGAGGCAAAACUGUGCUGACCAGAUAGAAGUUGUUUUUAGAGCUAAUGCUAUGGCAAGCCUUUUUGCUUGGACUGGAGCACAAGCUAUGUAUCAAGGAUUCUGGAGUGAAGCAGAUGUCACUCGACCUUUUGUCUCUCAGGCCGUGAUCACAGAUGGAAAAUACUUUUCUUUUUUCUGCUACCAGUUAAAUACUUUGGCACUGACGGCACAAGCUGAUCAGAAUAACAGUCGUAAAAAUAUAUGUUGGGGGACGCAAAGUAAGCCUCUUUAUGAAACGAUCGAAGAUAAUGAUGUGAAAGGUUUUAACGAUGAUGUUCUACUACAGAUAGUUAACUUUCUACUGAACAGACCGAAAGAAGACAAAUCACCGCGGUUGGAAAAAUAAGAAGAAACAUUUGACUCAGGACUUUGGGAACCCUCACAUUUUACUGAAGCAACAAUAAAAAGAAUUUUAAUGACAUAA